AUGCAGUUUACCAUCAUCACCCUGGCAACUCUCCUCGCUACUGCCCAGGCAGGUAACCUGUGCCUUGCAGGCACCUACAAGGCAUCCAAGAUCGACAGGCAUAAGCUCUACGCCUUUGCAGCCGGCUCCCCUUGCGUUGACGGCAAGAAGCAGGAGUACGAUAUUAAUUUGGACAAUAUCUGCAAGGACCACCUCCCCUACGGCAUCAAUAUCUGCGGCCAGAAUGGUAACCUCGUCAAGCUCGGCGACGAUAAGCCCAAGACUGCUUUCGGCUGCGCCAUCGGCUUCGAGACCGAAGGCCAGAUCUAUGAGGGUACGGUUCAGCCCUUCAACCCGGACGAUGGCAAUGCCGACGGAGGUCCAUGCGAUGCCACAUGCAGCCUGAAGGGCCUCGACGGAUUCUUGCAAUUCGAGGGUGUUCCCCUUGGUAGCUGCUAG